GAUUCCCGCGCUCACUCACAAGAAGCAGAGAAGUGAGAAUAUGGAUGAGCAUGAACCCUGGGAACAACUAGACGUCGACGAAUCAGAGCUCAUCUCUCUUAGUCUUCGUCCUUGCAAGCGCUCUGCUUCCCAUUCCCUCAAAUCAAAUCAUCCUCAGCCCCCCAAGCCCUCUUCCAACCUCAUUCCGGGCCCCGCCAGAGCCCUACAGGCCGCGAUGCAGCGCAGGACCCAAACCCACCGCCACCACCCCCACGACCGCGAUGAGGAGGAGCCCAUUCCGACUCAAGAGUUCGUAAGGAGAGUCGUCGAGGUUGGCGAUGAUCACGAUGCCGAUUUCACCACCAAUCCCUGGCUUUGCGCUCUCGAUUUUCUUACCCAACAAGGUGUUCACUUUCCGACGACCUUGGGUUCUAUCAGGAAGGGGAUUGAAUCUCACAGAUUGGCUCAGGUUGUUGCUAUAAUCAAAUCUUGCACACCAAAUGGUCUUGGUGAUCUCAUGCUUACUCUGAAGGAUCCUACAGGUACAAUUGGUGCUAGCAUCCACCACACAGUCCUUUCUGAGGGAGACUUUGGGAAGAGCAUAUCUGUUGGUGCAGUUUUGGUACUGCAGAAGGUUGCUGUGUUCUCCCCCUCACGAUCUGCGUGUUAUCUUAAUAUAACCAAGAACAACAUGGUUAAGGUCAUCUCCAAGGAUAGCGGACCUCUCGUGACAAAGGAUCUUCUUACUUCAUCUGUCCACAAUCCUGCUCCCAGCAGUGGAAGUAGUGAAAACUUAUGGAUGCCACAAGAAAAGUUCCCUCCGCCACAGGAAAGCACUGAAAGAAUCAUGAAUUUUCUGAGACAAAACUCUAAGGCGAGAGAGAGUCAGCAUAAUACUGAGAAACACAUGGAAACAGAUCAUGCGGCAACAGGACUGAGCUGCUCUGGCCACGAGCAGUGCGGAAGCCAAAACACGGACGUAGAGGUUCUAUCUUCAUUGGUGAAAAAGGCAAUGCCUGAUGGAAUCACAAACAUGGAGGACACUACUGAUAACGAUCAAGUAACUCUGGUAGCUGAGAAGCCCAACGCUGGCAGAGUGGCUGAAGGAGACAAUGCAUCCAGCCACACCCAAGCCAUUAAUCAUGCGACUCUGGUAACUGAGAAGCCCAACCUUGGCACAGUGGCCAAAGGUUACAAUCCAUUGAGCAGGACGCAACCCAUUAGUGCUUCUGCAAACUCAGUUGAGAUCCCUAACCCUGACGAUGAUCAAGAAGUUGAGAGAAUAACUGGAGCUAAAAGGCAGAGGCAGCCACUAAUUUCGAGAACUUCACUCCCAGAGUAUACAGAAGAAGAGCUGGAUCUUUUUGAAUUUGACUGAGGCAAGUACAUGUUAGAAUACAGCGUGAAAUGAACCUCGCUAGUGCUAGUGUAUAGUUUACUCAAACGGUUUCUUCUGCAUCUACAGUGAUAAUGCCUUCUGGUUUUUUUUUGUUUUCGUGUCAGAUAAUCCGCUCUGAGACUGGUAAAAGAAAGAAAUAUUAUAGAAUCUUGCAAAGGGAACUUUUAGGCAUUGAGCUCUUUUGAAGCUUGGUCAACAAUAGUUUGCAGACUGAUUUAGUUCUGAUCAACGACUAAUCAUUGAAAUGUCAAGUUCCUGG